UUUGUACAACACUCAUAGCCAGAGGAGCUGAGACAUCCGUUCCCCUGACAAGAAACUCUGAUUCUUGCAAAAUGGAUUUGCAAGUAUCAAGUACGACCUAUCUCUACGAUGAUUAUGGUGGGGCAACACUCUGCCAAAAAAUAAAUGUGAAACAAGCUGCAGCCCAGCUCCUGCCCCCACUCUACUCUCUGGUAUUCGUCUUUGGUUUUGUGGGGAACAUGUUGGUCCUCCUCAUCCUGAUAAACUUCAAGAAGCUGAAGAGCAUGACUGACAUCUACCUGUUCAACCUGGCCAUCUCUGACUUGCUCUUUCUGCUCACUCUCCCAUUCUGGGCUCACUAUGCUGCAAAUAAAUGGGUCUUUGGGAAUAUAAUGUGUAAAUUACUCACAGGACUCUAUCACAUUGGUUAUUUUGGUGGAAUCUUCUUCAUUAUCCUCCUGACAAUUGAUCGAUACUUGGCUAUUGUCCAUGCUGUGUUUGCUCUGAAAGCCAGGACAGUCACCUUUGGGGUGAUGACAAGUGGAGUCACUUGGGUGGUGGCUGUGUUUACUUCACUCCCAGAAAUAAUCUUCAUCAAAUCUCAAAAAGAAGGUCUUCAUUCUACGUGUAGUCCUCAUUUUCCACACAGCCAAUAUCAUUUCUGGAAGAGUUUCCAAACAUUAAAGAUGGUCAUCUUGAGUCUGGUCCUGCCCCUACUUGUCAUGGUCAUCUGCUACUCAGGAAUCCUCCAAACCCUGUUUCACUGUAGAAAUGAGAAGAAGAGGCAUAAGGCUGUGAGGCUCAUCUUUGCCAUUAUGAUUAUCUACUUUAUUUUCUGGACUCCCUACAACAUUGUCCUUCUUCUGUACAACUUCCAGGAAUUCUUUGGACUGAAUAAUUGCAGUAGUUCUAAUAGACUAGAUCAGGCCAUGCAGGUGACAGAGACUCUUGGAAUGACACACUGCUGCAUCAACCCUGUCAUCUAUGCCUUUGUUGGAGAGAAGUUCCGGAAUUAUCUCUCGGUGCUCUUUCAAAAACACAUUGUUAAACGUUUUUGCAAGCACUGUCCAAUCUUCCAGCAAGACAAUCUUGAUCGUAUAAAUUCAGUCUAUACCCGAUCCACAGGGGAGCAGGAUGUUUCUACUGGUUUAUGACCUGGGCUGAGUUUUGUAUAUCACUUAGUUUUGUAUGUAGCUUGGGAGUAGAAAUGUUUUUUUUAAAAAGAAGUUAAUAUUGUAGAGGCCUAAGAUGCAUGCCUGUUUGGAUAUUUAUUUUAGAUAGAUGGGCCCUUUUAAAGCCUAUUGGUUUUAGAAAGCCAAAUGAGAAUGUAUCAGUGAGAUAGUGAUCCCUGGCCUCAUUUCCACUCACCUCCAGUUAUGGCAAACUCUUUUUUAGCCACAAAAAUUCACUAUAAAAAAUCCCAAGAAUUUGGAGAUGUUUAAGCUUGACUAUCUGAGCAGAAAUAACAUCAAUCAAGAAGAAUACCUUAUACAGUCUUUUUCCCUAUACAAGGCAAAAUUCAGGCUAUAAGUGUACUUAAAAUAGAUCUUUGUCUUGCCCUGAGAAGAAAAGAUGAGAGUGUGAUUAGUUAGAAAAUAAAUAACUGAGCUCUAUGAAUUAGUUCCAUAGACUUGUAUGAUCAGGUAAAUGCUCUGUGGCCUGGGAGGGGUGGGAACAAAUCUUUUUAUAAGAAGGGAUUUGAACUGGAUCAUAUGUUAGUAAAUGAGAGAGAGGGAAGUCAUUCUUUGGGUGGCAAGACUACACUAGCAAAACAAAGGCAGACCUGUGGCUAUUUGGAAAGGCCAUGGAGAGAGAGUCAAGGCUGGAUAACAACGCACCAUGUCAGCUUUGCUCCUUCAAAGUUAUAGCAGAGUGGAAGCACAUGGACAGGUUUGUACAAAGCUUAUUUCAUGGCUUUGGUGAAUGUUCAGGGAAAGUAGAUCAACAGCAAUAAGUUCAGAGUGAGAUUAGGCCACCUUGGCUAGACAGUGGGGAAGCAUCACUUCGGCAUAUAGGACCUCGAGUCAGCAGAAUUUGGGGUAAAUUGGAGGUAGAGGUGAACGAGAACCUCUAGACUCAAGUAGUUUGGAAUAACCAUAGAAUAAACAACAAAUACAAGAGUACAGUAAAGAGUCUGGAUUACGAGAGUAGUCUCAUUUUAAAGCCUGUAGCCUCAGCUGGUAUUUUGUACCUGCCCUUCAGACCCAAAUUUUGCCAUAUCAGCUUUGAAUCUUAGGGUGUAAUCAGGGAGCUUAUGAAUCAUGAGCCUAAAGAAAUAAUACAGAUUCCUUGUGGAUUCAGCUAAGGGUUGCUUAUAUAAUUUGAACCCAGAGCUCUACAACUUUAAGCAGAGGCCCUAAGAUAUGAGGGAAGAGCAUCAAUUUUUUCUAUUUACCUAGCAAUCAGCAAAUCUGAGAGAAGCAAUUUGCUGUGAGCUUCAGAAGUCAAGAAAGUGUAAUUACCACCUUCUGUGUUCCAGGCUAAGAGUGAAGGCUUCAGUUACUCUUUACAGGUGGCUUCUCCACACAAACAAUGCUAAAUUUAUCCAUUGCAGAGAGGUUUGGGAUUUUUUGUUGUUUUUGCAGUUGUUAUUUAUGAUAUUGUUUUGAAUUUUGGAGCAGUUAAGAUCUUCACAGUGAAGAUUAAGGGGAGAAACAAAAGGAUGAGAAUCAUUCAAAGGAUUAAAGUGUCUGGCUAACAAAAGGUGCUACUUGUUUUUCUCAAACUCUGAGUGUGAAACCAGAGGCUUGUGGCUGUCAGCAGGAAGUGAGUAUUUGCUUUUUUCUUUCCUGCGAUUCACAUUUUCUCCUCCAAUUUGUAGCUGAGACUAGACUCAAAUUUAUGCUCCUCCUUCCUACAUCUCAAGCACUGAGAUUACAGAUGUAUAUGAACACACCCAGCUCUGUAUUUUUAUAUUCUUAAGCAUAUAGAAAGUUGUAAAUUCUUUGAAGAUAAUAUGAGACUUAUAAAAAAUGUGUUUUAAAAAUAAUUUCAUUUUUGUUCUUUCAAUCACGUGAACAUUUAGUGAACAGUACACAAAAUUAUGAGAGCAUUUUAUAAGUAGUUAUUUUGGAGAACAUCCCCAAAUAGUACUUAUUUAAAUAUAGUCCUUAGUUUAAAUGGAUGGUGAUGGUGAUUAUAUUUCCUUUAAAAUAUUUUUAACAGUCAACUUUCUUCCUAAGACAAAUUGUUAUAAUAAUUAUUGUUAAAGGCGUUACUUCUGCUGGGCAGUGGUGGCACACACCUUUAAUCCCAGCACUAGGGAGGCAGAGGCAGAGGCAGAGGCAGGCAGAUAUCUCUGAGUUCAAGGCCAGCCUGGUCUACAAGAAUAGUUCCAGAACAGGUUCUGAAGCAACACAAGAAACCCUGUCUCAAAAAAACAAACAAAAAAAAAGUUGUUACUUCUAAGCGCAUAGUUCCUGAGCAGAGUUGCCUUGAGAGAUUGUAAAUUUCAAAUUGUGCUAGGGAGGAUGAGCAUUGCUUUUCCUUUAUUUAAAAUUCUUUUCCAAAGUGUGUUAGUAAUUUCUGUAACAGCAAGUAUGUAACACUGGAACUUCUGUCCACAUAUUUCUUGGUCAGAGAGAGGAGAGAUGCUUCAAGGAGAGUUUGGAACAUGCUGGUUUUCAGUCUGCUACAGCCUCAGUUUCCAAAGCAGGGUGUAUGAAGAUGUCAGAGUUGGUCAUGCUCCUAAAAGAAGGUACACAAAAUGAGUAGUAAGCAAGACAGAGCUAGUACAGUAACUAUUAUCAGAUUCAAAGGGUUGCUUUUCAUUCCUUAGAUCCAAAGGUAGGAUAUAUCAAAGAAGAGUGGGAGGCAGCUGGGGUUAAAAGAGAAAAUAAUCGGGGACCGGAGCCCUAUCUGCUAUGAUAAAGCCAGCUGUUGUGGGAAUAUGGAAAUGUGUGCUAGUAGCUUUUCUUGUUGCUGUGACAAAAUCUGACAAAAGCAACUUAAAGAAGGGUUUGCUUUUGUUGAUAGUUUGAAGGAAUGCAGUCUACCAUGGAGUGUGAGGAGUGUGAGGUUGUUGGUCACAUUACAUUUGCAUCCAGGAAGUAGAGAGCUGAAUGCUGGUUUCAGCUCCCUUUCCCCUUUCAUUCAGUCCAAGUCCACAGUCUAUAGGAUGGCGGUGCCCACAUUCAGGGUGGGUCUUCCCUUCUCAGUUAAUCCUUUCUAGAAACAUCCUCAUAGAUAGAACCAGAAAUGUGUUUUUUAGGUAAUUCCAGUCAAGCUAUCAAUACCAACCAUCACAGAGUCAGGUUUUUUUUAAUAACUGAUGUAUACAGUCCUAUUUACCUUUCCAUAUGUUAGAUGAGUCCAUGACAGAAAGAUAUUUGAAGUGUCAUAUGACUAUGUAUAUAUUUCUUUCACAAUUUUAUAAAUAUUUUAAUGUUUCAUUUGGUUUCAUAUUGUUGUGACUUCAUUGGAUUAUAAAUUCAGGGUUAUAAUUCUAUCACACUUCAGGAGCCUAUUUUUGUUUCAAAAGAUAGUUUUUCAUUUCAGUUUUGUGAGACAGGGGUUCUCUUUGUAGCCCUGUACUGGAACUCACUCACUGCCUCUGCCUCCCAUGUGCUGGGAUUAAAG